CAAAACGGUCGAAGGGUGAAUACAAGUCAGGGACAGUAGCGUCUGUUCAAGCUUGACACAAAACGCCUCAUAUCAACAAGUUCCAUCGCUGGUUCAACAAUUACACUAUAGCACAUCUGCUUAGAGUUUGGGUGACGUUUUAACACCGUGAAAUACUUCCUGAAAAACGCCUGUUCCGAGGUUGGCAUUUCGUUUUACUUUGAAGUUGGGUCAGAGAAAAACAUGUCAAAGGUAGACUUCUGGCAGCAAGAUGAGCUCAAAGCUGAGCUAAUGCUUCAGUUUCACCUCAAGACUUUAAGAACGACCCUCAGAGAACAGCUGCAGGAGACGAUGAGAAGGCAGACAGAGGAACUGGAGAGAAGAAUUCUUCAGAAUGCUCUUCUGUCAUCAGAUGUCAAUGGGAAGUCUGGUGAUGUUAAAGCUCUGAACAAUAAACAAAAAUAUUUGGGAUUAAGGAGAUCCACCUCUUUAUCUGCUAUAAACUUGGAAAAAGAGAUCUCUCAGAGACCUUCCACAAUCUUGAAGCACUCCCCUGUCAGGAUUCAUCAGUGUGAGCGGUUUGUUUCAACCAAAACAACACAGUUUAGCAAAGAGGAAGAGGCGGAGGCUGAGUGUCAGAAGAAGUUCUGUGCUGUGCCCGUCCCUCACUGGGUCAUUCAGCCCAUCUACCAGGAGAUGAUGGAGAUGAGAGAGAGGGAAAGGAAACAGGGCCACGAGCAGAGGAAAGGAUUCUUGCUCUCUUUACAGAAGCCUUUCAGUUUCCAGGAGAGAGAAGGAAGGAAAAGAGAGAAGCCAAUAGCCUUAAACCAAGUCUUCCAAGAUAACCGAAACAAUAUUUGUGUUAGAAAAACUCCUCAUAAAGAAGUGAAGGGUGCACCAGACCUUAAAGCCCGACAGGAGCAUCAAGUUGGAAAGGGAAGGCCAAAACUUCGAACCGCUGAGCGCACCAGGAAAUCAAAGCUUGGAUUCCUAAACGAGGAGCCCAGCUUUAAGCCAAAAAUCAUCCAGCAGGUUCCUAACUUCAGCAGGCUGCACAAGGCCCUGCAGACAGAGGCGAUGGGAAAGCUGCAGAACAAGGAAGUGACAAAGUGUCAGCCCUUCUUCCUGAGGACAUCGGCUAUACCUGCACGAAGAGUUAUGAAAAGUCCGGAAACCUCACAGGUGCCUAAAAUAAGCACACUCGUCAGGAGCAAGUCACUGGGGGCCUUAACACUGUCCGCUGACACUCUUCCUACAUAUAUCACAGACGCUGUGAGGAAGCGCAGCAUGGCCAUCAGAGAUUCAAAGGAGAUUAAAGAAAGGAAGAGACAAGAGAGUGUGGACUGGUUGAAGAAUUACCAGAUGAGAUCCCAAUCCAUUAAGAAGGGCGUACUGCUCCAUGCUAAGUUUCUGGACCCACACAGCAGCUUGAAAGAGGUGUAUAAUGAAAAUCUACAGCGUCAUCGGGAAACUGAUCAGCACAGAAUGAGAGAUUACAUGAGAGAAUUACAGGACAUGAAGGCCAGAGUUAGGGAACGCCCCUAUUUGUUUGAGCAGGUGAAACAGAGAGAUGAGAAGGCUCGUGCUGAGCAGACCUACAGGAGCAAGCUGAUGAAAGCGGGGAUAAAGGAGCGGUUUGUGGAAGAAGCCGGAGAAGCACACCCAUCCGAUGAUGAAUCAGAAACUAAUGACAAAAGCUCCGAAAAUGGCUUUCAAAGCAGGGAAGAAAAUGUAGACGACGUGGAGAAAAUUGAAGAUGUGGAAGAAUGAGCGUGAAGUCCAAAGGGGAAGAAAUGCCUUGAUCAAAAAGAUUGAAGCGACACUGAGUUUUUUGUGGCCUCUCCACUAGAAAACAACACUGUCCUCAAAAAUGAUUCAUGUCAUGGUGGACACCAAAGAUUUGAUAGCUGAAGACAAACGCCUAUAAAUUAUGAAAUUCUAAAACUUGUCCACUUUACAAUAAGGAAACUUUGAAUAUACAGUAGAAAGAGAACAACAUUUAAAAAAACUCUAUGCAUUGGAGGUUAUAUUUUUGUAAAUAAUUUACUCGUACAGACUGAUAUCGUGUGUAGUUGUUUUACAGCUUUGCCCAAAAUUUAAAGACUGCAAUAAAGAGAAUGAAGAUCACACUAUUACUGGAAUAAAAGUUGAAAAACCAAAUGAGCAUAUCAGGUUUGAUGGUUUCCAAAGCCAUUUUGUGGGAGGAUUGUAGCCCCAGCACCUUUCGAAUCCAUUUUAGUUUAGAGAUAUCAAAUGUAUCUGAUUUCGACAUGAACAUGUCCCGUAACAGCAACAGACAUCUGACAGGAACUUUUCUUAGAUGGUUGGGUUAGAUAUUUCUGCAGCCACAAUGCCAGCUAAAUAAACAGCCUUCGCUGAGCGUCUGUAGUCACACACCAGUUCAGCGGUCGGCUCCGAGCAGGCAAAUCCACAUCAAAUACUCGCAUCCGCAGCUUGCUGCACUCAUGUGCUUUGGCAGCUGGCUGCAGGAAUUUGGGAGAUCAUUUUAACUUACCAAUCACGCGGGAAUGCCUGUUUAUGUACAAAAAGCAUGAUCAAAGAGCCAUCCAGCAGAUCAGCACAUUAUGGGCUCGUGUGCCAUGCCCUGAAGCUGCUGCAUAUGUUUGCGGUGAUUUCAGAUUUGAACAUGGUUUUCUUAUAACAGAGCCAUGUGCACGUGUAAAAAGGGACUGUAAAUGUUUUC